GAAAUUCGUGGGCAUCGGACCACUUGUAGUUUGUUCUCGAUCUGCCGGCCAAACUCUAGCUAUAUAGUAGCUACUGCCAACCACCCCACCGAACGGCACGAGAGAGCCUAUACCGCUACCAUAUACUACGGUUACACUAUACUGCUACCACUACCGUUACGACGGCGCUACUCUAUCACAUUAUAAUAUUGUAUUGCCAUUACGAAAGCGUUAUAUUCGCCGCCGAAUGCCGAUUAACGUGAUAUCGGCCGAAUAACGUGUUUUCGCCGCAACGUUAUCAAGACUUAUCGCCGUCGACGCUUUAAUAACAAACUUGUAUAUAUUUAAAUAAAUAAUUGAUGGAUUUAUUAUUUUCAUCAUUAUUAUUUUUACUCAGUAAGUUCGUUGACGUGUCUGCGUGUAGUGACUAAUGUUGUAGUACAGGCAGUACAGCGUAGUACUUAUCGCGUAGUACGUAGUAGACUUGUAGCCGCACUCGUAGUAUCGCACCGUCGCCGUCUCCACGUUGUUGCUCGCGGUCCUCGAAGUCGCCAAAACUUUUACGCGUAUUUUAAUCGUUACUCUUAUUACAGUUAUUCGUAUCGUACGUAUCCGACAUACAAAAAAUAAUAUUAAACACACGUUAUAUUGUUAUUGUGAUGACAUUAUAUCGUACGACGGAAUAGUUGUAAAAGAAGUACCUACUUACCUAAACUCACGCGCGUGUUUGCCUUCGGUAGUUUUACGCAACAAAGACGUAUAUAUAUUAUAUUAUUUAAUAUAUUCUUGAAGCGAUUGUACACGCAAUCGCGUAUCUCUCCGCGUUAAUUUGAUUUACGCACAACUCGUUUUACCUGUUUUUGCUUUUAUCAUUAUUUCCUCGGCCAGAACGGUCUUUUUGCAUUUUUGUUAUUCCUCCUCUUGCUGACUGCAUUAUGACUGACGCGUUUUUUGGUGGUAUCGAAGGGGGAGCAUCGGUUUCCACGGUCGUCUUAACCAAUGGCAAAGGAGAUAUUUUAGCUGAACUUAAAGGAGAAGGCACAAACCCGUGGAUUCUUGGAAUUGAACCUUGCCUGUCCAGAGUUAAUGACUUAAUUAAAGAAGCUCUUAGGAAAGCUAAUCUUAAUAUCAAUAUAAAAUUAAAUGGAUUGGGUUUAAGUUUAAGUGGAUGCGAAGAUCAAACAUUUUGUAAAACAUUUGAAAGUAAAUUAAUAGAAUGUUAUCCAAAUCUUACUAAUGAAGUAAUUGUUGUUAGUGAUACAUUAGCACCAAUUGCAUUAGCUUGUGAAUCAGGUGGAGCUGUUAUUAUUUCUGGUACUGGUUCAAAUAGUCUUCUAAUAAAUCCAGAUUCUUCAAUAAAAAGAUGUGGAGGCUAUGGUCAUCUACUUGGUGAUGAAGGCAGUGCUUAUUGGAUAGCAUUCAAAAGUAUUAAAUUAUGCAUGGAUCAUUUAGAAGAUUUUAAUUAUGUUCCAAAUGGUUACUCAAUUGAUAGAGUAUGGGAAGCAAUUAAAGAACAUUUUAAUAUUGAUAAAAUUCUAGAUUUGUUGAAUGUAUUUUAUGGUGAAAAAAAAGAAAAAUCAGAAAUAGCUAAAUUGUGUAAAACCAUAUCAGAACUAGCUGAAGAUGGAGAUGAACUAAGUCGGUGGAUCUUUAGUGAAGCUGGAAAAGAGUUAGCAAAAUUUAUACAAUCACUCUACCCUGGUGCUGAUAAAAAGUUACACAAAGAAAAUGGUGGUCUGCAUGUGGUGUGUGUUGGCUCUGUAUGGAAAAGUUGGGGAUUACUAAAAGAAGGAUUUAUCAAUCAACUUGAUCAUCAUCACAACUCGCAAGAGACCAUAGUAGAUGAAUUUACCUUAUUGGUGCUUGAAAAGACUGUUGCUUUGGGUGGGGUAUAUCUCAUUACAAAAAAAUUAAAUUACAAUUUUCCAUUUGAUUAUGAACAUAACUAUAGAAUACUUUUCCAUUAUAUACAUGACCGACGAGAUCAAUAAUACAUUAUUUUAAAUUAAAUCAAAAACAAAUGUCACCAUACCAA